GCUCCCCCCCCCCUCGCAGCGACCGGGCCGGGCCGAGGAUGGACUGGGAGUGAUUCCCGGCGGAGCACGAGGACCGGAACCCCCAAAAUGAAAGUGGAUCGGACGAAACUGAAGAAAACCCCCACAGAGGCGCCCGCCGACUGCCGGGCCCUCAUCGAGAAGCUCAAGGGCUGCAGCGACGAGCAGCUGGUGACAGAGCUGCAGCAGAUCAAGACAUGGAACAUUGGCAAGUGCGAGCUGUACCACUGGGUGGACCUGCUGGACCGCUUCGACGCGCUGCUGGCCGAGGCGGGCCGGCCGGUGGAGGCCAUGAGCUGGAUGCUGGCCUGCGACCGGCCCGAGCGCCAGCCCCUCAAGGCCCUGCUGCUGGCCCUGCUCAACUUCACCGCCCUGCUCAUCGAGUACAGCUUCUCCCGCCACCUCUACAGCUCCAUCGAGCACCUGACCACGCUGCUGGCCUCCUCGGACAUGCACGUGGUGCUGGCCGUGCUCAACCUGCUCUACGUGUUCAGCAAACGCUCCAACUACAUCACCCGCCUGGGCUCCGAGCGCCGCGGGCCCCUGCUGGCCCGCCUGCAGCACCUGGCCGAGAGCUGGGGUGGGAAGGAGAACGGAUUCGGCCUGGCUGAGUGCUGCCGGGACCUGCACAUGAUGAAAUACCCCCCCAGCGCCACCACCCUGCACUUCGAGUUCUACGCCGAGCCGGGCGUCGAGGUGAAGGUGGACAAGAGGGCCACCAGCACCACCCUGCACUACAUCCACAUCGAGCAGCUGGACAAGAUCUCGGAGAGCCCCUCGGAGAUCAUGGAGUCCCUGACCAAGAUGUACAGCAUCCCCAAGGACAAGCAGAUGCUGCUGUUCACCCACAUCCGCCUGGCCCACGGCUUCUCCAACCACAAGAAGCGGCUGCAGGCGGUGCAGGCGCGGCUCCACGCCAUCUCCAUCCUGGUGUACUCCAACGCGCUGCAGGAGUCGGCCAACAGCAUCCUGUACAACGGGCUGAUCGAGGAGCUGGUGGACGUGCUGCAGAUCACCGACAAGCAGCUGAUGGACAUCAAGGCGGCGUCCCUGCGCACGCUGACGUCCAUCGUUCACCUGGAGCGGACGCCGAAGCUGAGCAGCAUCAUCGACUGCACGGGCACCGCGUCCUACCACGGCUUCCUGCCCGUGCUGGUGCGCAACUGCAUCCAGGCCAUGAUCGACCCUUCCAUGGAGCCCUACCCCCACCAGUUCGCCACGGCGCUCUUCUCCUUCCUGUACCACCUGGCCAGCUACGACGCGGGCGGCGAGGCGCUGGUGUCGUGCGGCAUGAUGGAGGCGCUGCUCAAGGUGAUCAAGUUCCUGGGGGACGAGCAGGACCAGAUCACGUUCGUCACGCGGGCCGUGCGCGUGGUGGAUCUCAUCACCAACCUGGACAUGGCGGCUUUCCAGUCGCACAGCGGGCUGUCCAUCUUCAUCUACCGCCUCGAGCACGAGGUGGACCUGUGCCGCCGCGAGUGUCCCUUCGUCAUCAAGCCCAAAGUGCAGCGCCCGCCGGCCGCCGCCCUGCCCGAGGGCGAGGACAUGGAGACGGACAUGGAGGGAGUGCAGUGCAUCCCCCAGCGCGCGGCUUUGCUCAAAUCCAUGCUGAACUUCCUCAAAAAAGCCAUCCAGGACCCCGCCUUCUCCGACGGCAUCCGGCACGUGAUGGACGGCUCUCUGCCCACCUCUCUGAAGCACAUCAUCAGCAACGCCGAGUACUACGGCCCCUCGCUGUUCCUGCUGGCGACCGAGGUGGUGACGGUCUUCGUGUUCCAGGAGCCCUCGCUGCUGUCCUCGCUGCAGGACAACGGCCUCACCGACGUCAUGCUGCACGCGCUGCUCAUCAAGGACGUGCCGGCCACGCGGGAGGUGCUGGGCUCGCUGCCCAACGUGUUCAGCGCGCUGUGCCUGAACGCGCGGGGGCUGCAGAGCUUCGUGCAGUGCCAGCCCUUCGAGCGCCUCUUCAAGGUGCUGCUGUCCCCCGAUUACCUGCCCGCCAUGCGGCGCCGCCGCAGCUCCGACCCCCUCGGUGACACGGCCUCCAACCUGGGCAGCGCCGUGGACGAGCUGAUGCGGCACCAGCCCACGCUCAAGACCGACGCCACCACCGCCAUCAUCAAGCUGCUGGAGGAGAUCUGCAGCCUGGGCCGGGACCCCAAGUACAUCUGCCAGAAGCCGUCGAUGCAGAAGGCGGACGGGACGGCGGCGGCGCCGCCCCCGCGCUCGCCCCACGCCGCCGAGGAGGCGGGCGUGGUGGGCACGGAGGAGCGCAUCCCCAUCCCGCUCAUGGACUACAUCCUCAACGUGAUGAAGUUCGUGGAGUCCAUCCUGAGCAACAACACCACCGACGAUCACUGCCAGGAGUUCGUGGCCCAGCGGGGGCUGCGGCCGCUCGUCACCAUCCUGGGGCUGCCCAACCUGCCCGUGGACUUCCCCACCUCGGCAGCGUGCCAGGCCGUGGCUGGGGUCUGCAAAUCCAUCCUGACGCUGUCCCACGAGCCCAAGGUGCUGCAGGAGGGGCUGGUGCAGCUGGAGGCGGUGCUGUCGGCGCUGGAGCCGCUGCACCGGCCCAUCGAGGCUCCGGGGGGCUCGGUGCUGCUGCGGGAGCUGGCGGCCGCGGGGGCCGUGCCCGACGCCACGCUCUCGGCCCAGGCCACCCCCCUGCUGCACGCGCUGACCGCCGCCCACGCCUUCAUCAUGAUGUUCGUGCACACCUGCAGGGUGGGACAGAGCGAGAUCAGGGCCAUCUCUGUGAACCAGUGGGGGUCCCAGCUGGGGCUGAGCGUGCUGGGCAAGCUGAGCCAGCUGUACUGCUCCCUGGUGUGGGAGAGCACCGUGCUGCUGUCCCUCUGCACCCCAAACAGUUUUGGGGGGGGUCUCUGGGUUAAAGCUCAGUUUGGGGGGGUCUCCGGGGGUCUCUCACCCCCGUCCCCCCCAGAGGCCGAGGCGGAGGGUCCGGGCCCCGCGGGGGGGGCGGGGGGCAGUGACCCCCCCCCAGCCCAGGGGCUGCUGGAGGGGAUGGGGCUGGAGGGGGAGCCCCUGGCCCCGAUGGAGACGGACGAGCCCAGCGCCAGCGACCCCAAAGCCAAGGCCAAGAUCACCCCGGCCAUGGCCGCCCGCAUCAAACAGAUCAAACCCCUGCUCUCGGCCUCGUCGCGGCUGGGCCGGGCUCUGGCCGAGCUCUUUGGGCUGCUGGUGAAGCUGUGCGUGGGCUCCCCGGUGCGGCAGCGCCGCAGUCACCACGCGGCCGCCGCCGCCCCCGCGCCCACCGCGGCCGCCCGCGCCACGGCCUCGGCGCUCACCCGGCUGCUGACCAAGGGGCUGAGCUGGCAACCCCCGCCCUACACCCCAACACCGCGGUUCCGGCUGACGUUCUUCAUCUGCUCGGUGGGAUUCACGUCCCCCAUGCUGUUCGACGAGCGCAAGUUCCCCUAUCACCUCAUGCUGCAGAAAUUCCUCUGCUCCGGCGGCCACAACGCCCUCUUCGAGACCUUUAACUGGGCGCUGUCCAUGGGGGGCAAGGUGCCGGUGGGGGAGGGCCUGGAGCACCCCGACCUCCCCGACGGCACCGGCGAGUUCCUGGACGCGUGGCUGAUGCUGGUGGAGAAGAUGGUGAACCCCAGCACGGUGCUGGAGUCGCCCCACGCGCUGCCCGCCAAGGGACCCCCGCACGGACACCCCCCCUUCAGCGCCCUGCGCUUCCUCGUGGUCACCCAGAAGGCGGCGUUCGCCUGUAUCAAGCAGCUGUGGCAGCGGCGGCCGCUGAAGGUGUACGGGGGCCGCAUGGCCGAGUCCAUGCUGGCCAUCCUGUGCCACAUCCUGCGCGCGGAGCCGCUGCUGCGCGAGCGCCUGGGCCGGGAGCGCGAGGGAGCCGCGCCCGACGAGCCGGGGGGAGACGAGAGCGGCGCCCGCAGGGAGCCCCACGUCAACCAACAGCAGCUGCAGCAGCUGAUGGACAUGGGUUUCUCCCGGGAGCACGCCAUGGAGGCGCUGCUCAACACCAACACCAUGGAGCAGGCCACGGAAUAUCUGCUGACCCACCCACCGCCCCUGAUGGGGGGCUCUGCACGGGACCUGAGCAUGUCUGAGGAGGAUCAGAUGAUGAGAGCCAUCGCCAUGUCCCUGGGCCAGGACAUCCCCAUGGAGCAGCGCGCCGAGUCCCCGGAGGAAGCCGCGUGCCGGAAGGAGGAGGAGGAGCGGCGGGCGCGGGAGCGGCAGGAGGAGGAGGAGGCCAAGUGCCUGGAGAAGUUUGAGGGGGCCGAGCCGCUGGAGGCGGCGGAGCUGGGGGCGUUCACGGACUCGAUGCUGCCGGGCUGCUCGCAGCUGCUGGACGAGCUGCCGGACACGGUGUACCGCGUGUGCGACCUGCUGAUGACGGCCGUGCGCCGCAACGGCCCCGCGUACCGCGACAGCGUGCUCAAACAGGUGGUGCAGCAGGUGUGGGAGGCCGCGGAUGUGCUGAUCAAGGCGGCCGUGCCGCUGACCACCAGCGACACCAAGACGGUCUCGGAGUGGAUCAGCCAAAUGGCCACCCUGCCCCAGGCCUCCAACCUGGCCACGCGCAUCCUGCUGCUCACCCUGCUCUUCGAGGAGCUGAAGCUGCCCUGUGCCCGCGUGGUGGAGUCCAGCUGCGUGCUGGACGUGCUGAUCAAGCUGCUGGAGGUGGUGCAGCCCUGCCUGCAGGCGGCCAAGGAGCACAAGGAGGUGCAGACCCCCAAGUGGAUCACCCCCGUGCUGCUGCUGAUCGAUUUCUACGAGAAGACGGCCGUGUCCUCCAAGCGCCGCGCGCAGAUGAACAAGUACCUGCAGGCCACGGGCAACAACUGGCGCUGGUUCGACGACCGCUCGGGCCGGUGGUGCAGCUACAGCGCCAGCAACAACAGCACCAUCGACGCCGCCUGGAGAGCCGGAGAGCCCAGCGUGCGCUUCACGGCCGGGCGGCGCCGCUACACCGUGCAGUUCACCACCAUGGUGCAGGUGAACGAGGAGACCGGGAACCGGCGCCCGGUGAUGCUGACGCUGCUGAGACCCCCCCGGGCCGGGAAGGGCCGUGAGGAGGGGGGGGCCGAGGAGCCCGAGGGGAAGGGCAAGGACGAGACCCCCGACGAAGACCCCCCCUCCAGCGCCGCCCCCGCCGCCCCCUGCCCGUCCCCUCCGCGCUCGGCCCCUGAGGAGCCCAUUCUGGGGGUGCCGGUGGACCCCGACACGCUGCACGCCACGCUGCGCCUGUGCCUGCGCCUGACGCGGCAGCACAAGCACGCGCUGCUGUUCGCCGAGCUGCGCUCCACCCGCACCAUCCUGGCGCUCACCCAGAGCUCUGGCUUCACCGGCUUCACCCCGCUCGUCACCCUCCUCUUCAGACACAUCAUCGAGGACCCCUGCACGCUGCGGCACACCAUGGAGAAGGUGGUGCGCUCGGCGGCCACGAGCGGGGCGGGCAGCACCACGUCCGGGGUGGUUUCGGGCAGCCUGGGGUCCCGCGAGGUGAAUUACAUCCUGCGCGUGCUGGGCCCCGCCGCCUGCCGCAGCCCCCACGUCUUCACCGAGGUGGCCACGGGCUGCAUCCGCAUCGCCCUCCCGGCCCCGCGCGGCUCCGGCACCGCCUCCGAUGACGAGUUCGAGAACCUGCGGAUCAAGGGUCCCAACGCGGUGCAGCUGGUGAAGACCACCCCGGCCAAGGCGGCCGCGCUGCCGCCCAUCCCCGAGCCCAUCCGCGACGUCAUCUACGACAUGCUCAACGCCCUGGCCGCCUACCACGCCCCCGACGAGGGUGACAAGGGGGAGCCGAAGGGGGCGGCGCCCAGCGAGGUGAGCCAGCUGCUGUCGGACAUCGGUGACGACAUGUACCAGCAGUACCGGAGCCUGACGCGCCCGCCCGCCGACUUCGACCCCCCCGCCGGCUUCGCCAUCAACGCUCAGGUUUUCGCUGCUGACGGAGCCGCAGCCGAGACGCCGCCCUCGGGAACCCCCCAGGGAGAAGCGUCCAGCCCCGAGGAGGGCCGCGAGGGGCGGAAGGAGAAGGAGGGGGAGCGCGGGGAGGAGCGGGGCCGGGCGCGCGGCUCCAAGCCCCUGAUGCCCACCUCGACCAUCCUGCGGCUGCUGGCCGAGCUGGUCCGGUCCUACGUGGGCAUCGCAGCCCUGAUCGCCAACUACAGCUACAGCGUGGGCCAGUCCGAGCUCAUCAAGGAGGACUGCAGCGUGCUGGCCUUUGUCCUGGACCACCUGCUGCCCCACCAGCAGAACGCCGAGGACAAGGACACGCCGGCGCUGGCGCGGCUCUUCCUGGCCAGCCUGGCCGCGGCCGGCAGCGGCACCGACGCGCAGGUGGCCCUGGUCAACGAGGUCAAGGCCGCGCUCGGCCGCGCCCUGGCCAUGGCCGAGAGCACCGAGAAACACGCCAGGCUCCAGGCCGUCAUGUGCAUCAUCAGCACCAUCAUGGAGUCGUGUCCGUCCACCUCGAGCUUCUACAGCAGCGCGGCCAAGGCCCCUCACAACGGCAUGAACAACAUCAUCCGCCUGUUCCUCAAGAAGGGGCUGGUCAACGACCUGGCCCGGGUGCCCCACAGCCUCGACCUGUCCAGCCCCAACAUGGCCAACACGGUGAACGCGGCGCUGAAGCCGCUGGAGACGCUGUCGCGCAUCGUGAACCAGCCCAGCGGCAUCUUCGGGGCCAAGGGCUCCUCCAGCAAGAGCAAGGCCGAGGGGGCCGGGGGGGCUCGAGAGGCUGGGGCUGCACCCCCCGACGGAGGGGACCCCGGGGACCCCGAGCCCCCCGAGGAGGACGCGGAGGCGGCGCAGGCCGAGGCGGCCGACGGGGACAUGGACGGCGAGGCCGAGGGGGACACGGUGGUGCUGGCCGGGCAGCCCGAGGGGCUCAGCACCCAGGAGAUGCAGGUGGAGAACGAGCUGGAGGAUCUCAUCGACGAGCUGCUGGAGCGGGACGGCGCCGACGGCAACAGCACCAUCAUCGUGAGCCGCUCGGGCGAGGACGAGUCGCAGGAGGACGUCCUGAUGGACGAGGCCCCGUCCAACCUCAGCCAGGCCUCCACGCUCCAGGCCAACCGCGAAGAUUCCAUGAACAUCCUGGACCCCGAGGAUGAGGAGGAGCACACGCAGGAGGAGGACAGCAGCGGCAGCAACGAGGACGAGGACGACAGCCAGGACGAGGAGGAGGAGGAGGAGGAGGAGGAUGAGGAUGAUCAGGACGAUGAGGAGGGCGAGGAAGGCGAGGAGGAGGAGGAUGAUGACGAUGGCUCCGAGAUGGAGCUGGACGAGGAUUACCCCGACAUGAACGCGUCGCCCCUCGUGCGCUUCGAGCGCUUCGACCGUGACGACGACCUCAUCAUCGAGUUCGACAACAUGUUCUCCAGCCCCACCGACAUCCCCCCGUCCCCCGGGAACAUCCCUGCGAGCCACCCGCUGCUGGUGCGGCACGCGGAGCACGGGGGGCUGGGGCUGGGGGCCGGCCCGGGGGGCACCCGCCUGGCCCAGGGGCUCGGCCGGAGCCAGCGGACGCUGCGGCAGCUCACGGCCAACGCCGGCCACACCAUCCACGUCCACUACCCGGGGGCACGGCAGCCAAACCCCCCCCUCAUCCUGCAGCGGCUCCUGGGCCCCUCGGCGGCCGCGGACAUCCUGCAGUUGAGCAGCAGCCUCCCGCUGCAGAGCCGGGGCCGCGCGCGGCUGCUCGUGGGCAACGAGGACGUUCACAUCAUCGCCCGCUCCGACGACGAGCUGCUGGACGACUUCUUCCACGAGCAGGGCAGCGCGGGCAGCCAGGCAGGGACCCUGUCCAGCAUCCCCACGGCCCUGACGCGCUGGACCGAGGAGUGCAAGGUCCUGGACGCCGAGAGCAUGCACGACUGCGUGUCCGUGGUGAAGGUGCCCAUCCUGGCGCGGCUGGAGGCGCUGCGGGACGAGGAGCUGGACGAGCGGCGCGAGAAGCGCCGGCGCCAGGCGGCCGAGGACGAGGCCAAAGGCGCCGAGCGCGGCCCCGAGGACAAGGACGGGCCCGAGGCCCAGGACGCGGCGUCCAAAGCCGGCCCCGCCUCGGCCGACGUCGCCCCCCCAGAACACAGCGGGACCGCGGGAGAGACCCCCUCUCCCGGUCCCCACCGGACCCUGGUGAUGCUGGAACCGACGCCGACCCCCCCAGACCCCCCCCCGGGAGCCCCCCAAAUCCCCGCUCGCCCCCCCCAGCCCCCCGAGCACGAAGAGGGGGGGCCCGGACGACCCCCCCAGGACGCCGAGGCCACUCAGAUGGAGCUGUCGCCCGCCCCCACCAUCACGUCGCUGUCCCCGGAGCGGGCGGAGGACUCGGACGCGCUGACGGCCGUGAGCAGCCAGCUGGAGGGGUCCCCCAUGGACACCUCGAGUUUGGCCUCCUGCACCUUGGAAGAGUCGGGGGGGGCUCCCCCUGCCCCCACAGCCCCCCAGAACCCCCCCGGGACCCCCCAGGGACCCCCUCCCGCCCCCCCCGACGCCGCUCAGCCUCCUGACGACAGCUCCCCCCCGGCCUCAUCCUCGGAGAGUUCGUCCACCCGGGACUCGGCCGGGGCCAUUUCCGGGGCCGACUCGAGGGGGAUCCUGGAGGAGCCGCUGCCGUCCACCAGCAGCGAGGAGGAGGAUCCGCUGGCCGGGAUCAGCCUCCCCGAGGGCGUGGACCCGUCGUUCCUGGCGGCGCUGCCGGACGACAUCCGGCGGGAGGUGCUGCAGAACCAGCUGGGGAUCCGCCCGCCCGCGCGGGCCCCGCCCGCCGCCAGCCCCGCCCCGCCCGUGGUGGCCAAUCCCGGCCUCACCGAGGUCAGCCCCGAGUUCCUGGCGGCGCUGCCCCCGGCCAUCCAGGAGGAGGUUCUGGCGCAGCAGCGCGCGGAGCAGCAGCGGCGGGAGCUGGCUCAGGCCACGGGCUCGGACGCUCCCAUGGACCCGGUGACGUUCAUCCAGACGCUGCCGUCGGAGCUGCGGCGCUCGGUGCUGGAGGACAUGGAGGACUCGGUGCUGGCGGUGAUGCCGCCGGACAUCGCGGCCGAGGCGCAGGCGCUGCGGCGCGAGCAGGAGGCGCGGCAGCGGCAGCUGAUGCACGAGCGGCUCUUCGGCCACUCCAGCACCUCGGCGCUGUCGGCCAUCCUGCGCAGCCCCGCGUUCACCAGCCGCCUCAGUGGGAACCGGGGUGUUCAGUACACGCGGCUGGCGGUGCAGCGGGGGGGCACCUUCCACAUGGGGGGCACCGGCACCCACAGCAGGCCGGCGGGCAGCAGCGUGGACAGCCUCCUGCGCCUGCGGGGGCGGCUGCUGCUGGACCACGAGGCUCUGUCGUGCCUGCUGGUGCUGCUGUUCGUGGACGAGCCCAAGCUGAACACGAGCCGGCUGCACCGCGUGCUGCGCAACCUGUGCUACCACGCGCCCACGCGGGGCUGGGUGGUGCGCAGCCUCCUGUCCAUCCUGCAGCGCAGCAGCGAGAGCGAGCUGUGCCUCGAGACCCCCCGCGGGACCCCCGCGCCGGGCGCCGAGGAGCGGCCGCGGGGCCGCGGCGGGAGCCGCGCCGGGCCCGGCUCGGCGGCGGAGCCGCGGGGGCUGGAGCUGCUGCACCGCAUGGAAUCGCGCAGCUCCGGGCAGCUGUCGUGGCUGUCGGUGUCCAUGGACGCGGCGCUGGGCUGCCGCACCAACAUCUUCCAGAUCCAGCGCGUGCCCGGCCGCAAGCACACGGAGAAACACGCGGCGGCCGCCGGCUCCGCCGUGCACAUCCACCCGCAGGCCGCGCCCGUGGUGUGCCGGCACGUGCUGGACACGCUGAUCCAGCUGGCCAAGUCCGGCUCCCUGUCCACCGAUUUCUGGGACCUGCUGGUCAAGCUGGACAACAUGAACGUGAGCCGCAAGGGCAAGGGCUCGGCGCGGGCGGGGGGCGGCGGGGGGGGCCCCGAGCCCGAGGCGGCCGGGGGGGGCCUGGAGGCGUCGCCGCUGGGGCAGCUGAUGAACAUGCUGUCCCACGGCGUCAUCCGCCGCAGCCCCCUCCUCACCGAGAAGCUGCUGCGCCUCCUGUCCCUCAUCUCCAUCGCCCUCCCCGAGGGGGGCAAGGCCGGCGAGGGGGGGGCAGCGCCCCAGAACGGAGCCCCCGCCCCCCCCGCGCCCGCCCCGCCCGCCGGGGGGGCCACCACGGCCACCUCGGCCACCUCGGGGACCUCGGGGGCGGCCGCAGCGCCCGGGAGCCCCCCGGGACAGGGCGGGAACGGAGGCGGCGGCGCGGGCACGGCUGGAGGAGCCACGGCCCCUGCCAAGAGCUCCAAGUCCCCUGCCAAGGUCCCCGAGGGCGGCCCCGACCCCCGGCUGGCGGCCACGGGCCUGACCGAGAGCCAGCUCCAGCUCUCCGUGGAGGUGCUGACGUCGCACUCGUGCUCGGAGGAGGGGCUGGAGGACGCGGCCAAUGUCCUGCUGCAGCUGUCGCGGGGGGACGCGGGGACGAGGGACACGGUGCUGCGGCUGCUGCUCAGCGGGGCCCGGCAGCUGGGGGGGGCCCUGUGCCGCCAGAUCGGGACGCUGCUGGCCGAGCUCCGUGAGUACAACCUGGAGCAGCAGCGCCGGGCCCAGCUCGAGGCUCCGUCCCCCGAGGGGCUCCCCGAGGAGCAGCCCCCCAGCGCCAAACUCAAGGGCAAGAUGCAGAGCCGCCGCCGCCGUCCCCCCCAGUCGGAGGCCGGGCCCGCGGACGCCGUCCCCCGGCGCGAGGAGUCGCCCAUGGACGUGGACCAGCCCUCGCCCGCCCCACAGGACGUGGGCCCCGAGGCUGCGCAGGGCGGGGAGCGGGACAGGGACAGGGACAGGGACAGGGACAGGGACAGGGAGGAGCGGCCCCCGGAGCUGCCCCUGCUGAGCGAGCAGCUGAGCCUGGACGAGCUGUGGGACAUGCUGGGCGAGUGCCUCAAGGAGCUGGAGGAGUCGCACGACCAGCACGCCGUGCUCGUGCUGCAGCCGGCGGUGGAAGCGUUUUUCCUGGUGCACGCCACGGAGCGCGAGAGCCGCCCGCCGGUGCGGGACACGCGGGAGAGCCAGCUGGCCCACAUCAAGGACGAGCCGCCGCCGCUGUCCCCCGCGCCCCUCACCCCGGCCACCCCCUCGGCCCUGGACCCCUUCUUCUCCCGGGAGCCCUCGGCCAUGCACAUCUCGGCCAGCCUGCCCCCCGACACCCAGAAAUUCCUGCGCUUCGCCGAGACCCACCGGACGGUGCUGAACCAGAUCCUGCGGCAGUCCACCACGCACCUGGCCGACGGCCCCUUCGCCGUGCUGGUCGAUUACAUCCGCGUGCUGGACUUCGACGUCAAGCGCAAGUAUUUCAGGCAGGAGCUGGAGCGCCUGGACGAGGGGCUGCGCAAGGAGGACAUGGCCGUGCACGUCCGGCGCGACCACGUCUUCGAGGACUCGUACCGGGAGCUGCACCGCAAAUCCCCCGAGGAGAUGAAGAAUCGCCUGUACAUCGUGUUCGAGGGCGAGGAGGGGCAGGACGCGGGCGGGCUGCUGCGGGAGUGGUACAUGAUCAUCUCCCGCGAGAUGUUCAACCCCAUGUACGCCCUGUUCCGCACCUCGCCCGGCGACCGCGUCACCUACACCAUCAACCCCUCGUCCCACUGCAACCCCAACCACCUGAGCUACUUCAAGUUCGUGGGCAGGAUCGUGGCCAAGGCCGUGUACGACAACCGGCUGCUGGAGUGCUACUUCACCCGCUCCUUCUACAAACACAUCCUGGGCAAGUCCGUGCGGUACACGGACAUGGAGAGCGAGGACUAUCACUUCUACCAGGGCCUCGUGUACCUGCUGGAGAACGACGUCUCCACGCUGGGCUACGACCUCACCUUCAGCACCGAGGUGCAGGAAUUCGGGGUGUGCGAGGUGCGGGACCUGAAGCCCAACGGGGCCAACGUGCUGGUGACGGAGGAGAACAAGAAGGAGUACGUGCACCUCGUGUGCCAGAUGCGCAUGACCGGCGCCAUCCGGAAGCAGCUGGCGGCGUUCCUGGAGGGGUUCUACGAGAUCAUCCCCAAGCGCCUCAUCUCCAUCUUCACGGAGCAGGAGCUGGAGCUGCUCAUCUCGGGGCUGCCCACCAUCGACAUCGACGACCUCAAGGCCAACACCGAGUACCACAAGUACCAGGGCAACUCCAUCCAGAUCCAGUGGUUCUGGCGUGCCCUGCGCUCCUUUGACCAGGCCGACCGCGCCAAGUUCCUGCAGUUCGUGACGGGCACGUCCAAGGUGCCGCUGCAGGGAUUCGCCGCCCUGGAGGGGAUGAACGGCAUCCAGAAAUUCCAGAUCCACCGCGACGACCGCUCCACCGACCGGCUGCCCUCGGCACACACCUGUUUCAACCAGCUGGACCUGCCGGCGUACGAGAGCUACGAGAAGCUGCGGCACAUGCUGCUGCUCGCCAUCCAGGAGUGCUCCGAGGGCUUCGGGCUGGCCUAGGGGGGCAGCCCCGGCCCCCCAGGGGCUCUAUAAAUAUAUAUAUAUUUUUUUGUUCCAUUGGCUUUUUUUUUUUUUU